AGGCUUCCGGAGUCCCGGCGGGCGCUGAGCUGCAGGCGCGCGCGUAACGCUUGGCGGGACUCACUCGGUCUGAGAGGUCUGAACGCUGAGCUGCAGGCACGCACCUAACGGCUUCGUGGGGCUCACUCGGUCUGAGAGGUGGGAGCGCUGAGCGGCAGGCGCCCGCCUAACGGCUUCGCGGGGCUCGCUCGGUGUGAGAGGUCGGAGCGCUGAGCUGCAGGCACGCGCCUAACGGCUUCGCGGGGCUCACGCGGUCUGAGAGGUCGGAGCGCGGAGCUUCAGGCACGCGCCUAACCGCUUCGCGGGGCUCACUCGGUCUGAGAGGUCGGAGGCUGCGAGUGUCGCUGCUGAAGGCUGUGGUGGACCGGGCUGGAUCGCGGAUUCUGAGCUACAUCGCGGGUUUGGGGGUGGAUCGCGGGUUUGGGGGUGGAUCUUGGAUUUGCGGGUGGAUCGCAGGUUGGUGGGGGGAUCGCGGAUUUGGGACUGGGUGGGGGUGGAAAGGCCACGAGGGGCCGCGGCGGCUCAGGAGCGGGUUGUGGGCGUCUGAGAAGUCGCCACCAUGAGGAAGCUCUUCAGCUUCGGGAGAGGCCUGGGCCAGGCGCUCCUGAGCUCCAGGGACAAAGAGUACGCGGGUCCCGGGUACCACACCCUGGACUGGGAACUGCGGAAGAUCCACAGGGCGGCCAUCAAGGGCGACGCCGCGGAGGUGGAGCGCUGCCUGAGGCGGUUUCGGGACGUGGACGCCCGCGACAGAAAGGACAGGACUGUUCUACAUUUGGCCUGUGCCCAUGGCCGUGUGGAAGUGGUCACUCUCUUGCUGAGCAGAAGUUGCCAGAUCGACAUCUGUGACAGACUAAACAGGACACCGUUAAUGAAGGCUGUACAUUGCCAGGAAGAGGCUUGUGCAAUUAUUCUCCUGGAACAUGGCGCCAAUCCAAACAUUAAGGAUAUCUACGGCAACACUGCUCUCCAUUAUGCUGUGUAUAAUAAGGGGACUUCACUGGCAGAGAAACUGCUUUCCCACCAUGCAAAUAUUGAAGCACUAAAUGAGGAGGGAAACACUCCACUUUUGUUUGCUAUAAAUUCUAGGAGACAGCAAAUGGUGGAAUUUUUAUUGAAGAACCAGGCAAAUAUACAUGCCGUUGACAAUUUCAGAAGAACAGCCCUCAUGCUUGCUGUGCAGCAUAGCUCAUCAAGUAUCAUCAGCCUCCUCCUUCAGCAAAAUAUAAAUAUCUUUUCUCAAGACAUGUUUGGCCAAACUGCUGAGGAUUAUGCUGUUUGUUGUGAUUUGAGAAGCAUUCAACAACAAAUUUUGGAACAUAAAAAUAAGAUACUUAAAAAUCAUCUUCGAAAUGACAAUCAAGAAACAGCAGCUGUGAAGCCUGCAAAUUUGAAAAAAAGGAAAGAAGGUGCAAAAGCAGAACACAACUUAAAAGUGGCUUCAGAGGAAAAGCAAGAAAGGCUUGAAAGAAGUGGAAAUAAACAGCCACAGGAUUCUCAAAGUUAUGGAAGAAAGAAGGAUGUGAUAUAUGGAAAUUACAUGUUGAAGAGAGACAUUGCCAUGCUCAAACAGGAAUUAUACACAAUAAAAAAUGACAGUCUCAGAAAGGAAAAAGAAUAUAUUCGGGAAAUUAAAAGUAUUACAGAAAUGAAUGCUAACUUUGAAAAGAGUGUAAGACUCAAUGACAAAAUGAUAACAAAAACAACGGCCCAGUAUUCGCAACAGCUUAAUGAACUGAAAGCUGAGAAUACAAGGCUGAAUUCAAAAUUGGAGAAGGAAAAACACAGCAAAGAAAGACUAGAAGUUGAAGUUGAAUCCCUCCAUUCUAGCCUGGCCACUGCUAUAAAUGAGUACAAUGAAAUUUUGGAAAGAAAAGACCUGGAACUAGUUUUAUGGAGAGCAGAUGAUGUUUCUGUACAUGAAAAAAUGGAUUCCAAUAUUUCUCAAUUAACAGAUAAGAAUGAGUUGCUUACCAAACAACUUUCUAAAGCUCGGGUGAAGUUCAAUACCUUAAAAGGUAAGCUUCAUGAGACAAGAGAUGCUCUCAGGGAAAAGACACUGGCUUUAGAAAGUGUACAGAUGGACCUAAAGCAAGCGCAGUAUCGAUUAAAGGAAAUGAAGCAGAUGCAUCCAAAUGAGGAAGCUAAAGAAAGUCAAUCCUUUGGAAAGCAGAACUCUUUAGAGGAGAGAAUACAUCAAGAACUUGAAAAUCUAUUGCUUGAACAACAACUAAAGGAUGCUUAUAAGGAAGGCAAUAAUAAAGAGAUAGUCAUUAAUAUCCAAGAAGACUGUCUUGAGAAUGGAAAGGAAGAUCUUACAGAAGAAAAAAAUAUGGAAUUAAUGAAUGAAUAUAAUUAUUUAAAAGAAAAACUGUUUCAGUAUGAAAAAGACGAAGCAGAAGGAGAAGUGAUUGUGAGACGACUUCAAGAAGAACUGGCUGAUCACCUUAACAAAUUUUCUAUGUCAGAAUCUCCACUGGAAGGUACAUCACAUUGUCAUAUUAAUUUGGAUGACACACAGGCUUCAAAGAAGAAAUUAUUUCAAGUAGGAAGUCAACCUGAAGAAAAACAUGAAGAAUUCAGAAAACUUUUUGAGUUAAGAUCAUCACUGGACUAUAAUGUGGAUCAAAUAAGAAAGAAAAAUCAUAAAUUAGAAGAAGAGACAACUGGAUAUAAGAAAUGCCUAGAAAUGACAAUAAAUAUGUUAAAUGUAUUUGGAAAUGAAGACUUCAGUUGCCAUGGAGACUUAAAUACAGAUCAACUGAAAAUGGAUAUUCUGUUUAAGAAGCUAAAACAGAAGUUUGAUGAUCUUACGGCCGAGAAGGAAGCUGUGUCUUCAAAAUGUGUCAGUUUGGCUAAAGACAAUCAAGUUCUUCAACAGGAGUUUUUAUCUAUGAGAAAAAUACAAGAGAAAUGUGAAAAACUUGAGGAGGAUAAAAAGAUGUUGGAAGAAGAAGUAUUAACUCUUAAGACACAUAUGGAAAACAAUAUGGUAGAACUUGGUAAAGUACAAGAAUAUAAAUCAGAGCUAGAUGAAAGGACAAUGCAGAUAAUAGAAAAAUUAGAAGAAACCCAUUUACAGGUUAGGAAAGCAAAAUAUGAAAAACAAUUAGAGCAGUUAAACAAGGAUAAUAUAGCUUCACUAAAUAAGAAGGAACUCACACUUACAGAUGUGGAAUGUAAAUUCUCAGAAAUGAAAACUGCUUAUGAAGAGGUUACAACCGAAUUAGCAGAAUAUAAGGAAGCCUUUGCAGUAGCAUUGAAAGCUAACAAUUCCAUGUCAAAAAAUUUAAUGAAAUCGAAUAAGAAAAUAGCAGUGAUCAGCACCAAGCUCCUUAUGGAGAAAGAGCGGAUGAAAUAUUUUCUCAGCACUCUUCCUAUAAGGCCAGACCCAGAGUUACCUUGUAUUGAAAAUCUUAAUAGUAUAGGACUCAACAGAAAAGAUAUUUCCAAAACACCCAUAAGAAUUCCUACUUCAAACCCACAGACUUCAAAUAACUGCGAGAACUCCUUGACUGAGGUGGAGCCGGACUGUGUAGAACAAAUAAUUAGAGAAACAAAGAAAACUUUUGCUGUGUUGGGCACUUGCUCCCAUCUACUUUCUUCUCUAGAAUCCACUGGGCCGGAAUGAGUGAUUUUUCUUAGAAGCAGAGUUGGAGCCACCGAGGAAACACAGGCUCCCGUUGUGGUGGAUUGUGUCAUCCCACAAUGUCGCUAUUGCUGAGUCCCCAUCACCUCUGUGUUGUGGAGCAGUAAGAGACACACAGCAGUGUCUGUGGGUGGCUCUGCGUGAAGGACUGUUUUCUAGGUGAGAGGCACAUCUCAGCAUAGCUGACUGAUCAGACUCAGCAAUUCCAUUCUGCAUCUCCUCUGGACAACCCCAGGACAACCCCAUCAGGGCCCUUGUCACCAGGCCCAGUGUGGCUCCAUGAUAGCCAAGACGCAGGUCCAGAGACAACUGCCCUGCAUGGUGCCUGCAUCUGACCCCCCUUGGUGGAUAGUGAUGAGCACAACAUGGAAGAAGCCAGGGCAGCAUGCGGACGGCUGCCCUGCAGCCCCAGAUGGCACCUGGCCCUUGGGAAGUCAUUCUCAAAGGGGAAGCUGGAAACUUUGAUAUCCCUGGAGGAAAGGUCUCCCCAGGGCCUGGAUGCAUGGGCGCUGUCCAUCCUCUGGUGCUGAAGCAGCCAAGUGGCCCAAACCUGCCUGGCCGCCUCUUAGGAUAUGACUGCACAGCCAGUGGCCUCUACUAGAUCCUGUACAACUUCACAAGACACCCAGACACUGCGAGUGCUGCCAGCACGUGCUCCAAGAGUCCUGAGGGACCACAAUCCUGAAAACAUUGAAUGGAGAAGAGGGAGCCCCUGCCACAGGCUGGAGGCUGGAGCUUGAGCUUCACUGAAGUUGGUGGCCACGAGGAAGACUGCAGCUAGAGUGGUAGAAAAGCAGCGGGAAAAUUUGUAAAUGAUCACUGAAGCAUUUAAAAAAGAUGUCUGCUCUAAGAUCCUUUUCAGAUGGGUCCAACCUCUGAUUCAUUUCAGUUGGGGUCAGUUGAUUGUCUUUCCUCAUUCAAGUCAUGAUUUUCUUGGCUCUUGGUGUGAUGAUUGUAUCCUGGCCCUUUUGUCUGUCAUGUUAUGUAAUGCAAGGUGCUAUUUACAUCUUUAAUUUUAGCAAGGAAGCACUUUGUUUGGGCUUGGCAUGUGGGCCUUAGACUAUUUUGUGGACUGGGGAGGAGGCUUCAAUGAUAGUUUGAUUAUUGGAGCCUUUAAGGUUUUGCUUUUACUUCCUCAGUGGAUUUAGUGCCACUGCUCUCUGCUGGUGCUGGCUGAGGGUGCAGAAGGGUUUACCAGGCUUGUGGUAGUGUGUGGGGUGGGGUGGGGUGGGGUGGGCUAGGGGAGAUGUCGGUGAGGUGGGGUUGGAAGGAUUCCUCUUCCCAGUAUCCCCUCACCUAUUCCACCACCUCUGCCUCUGUGUCUGGGUUGGGAGGAGACUCUCCAUCUCAAACCUGCAGGGACAAAGGGCCUUCCUUGGUCAGGACACUGACGUAGCUGCACCUCUCUUGCAGGUUCUGCCUUUUUAGAUAUUUUUCCUUUGAAAAGGCAGCCCCAGGCCCAGAAGGAAUAUGGAGCCUUCCCUGGUUGCUUAUUGUUGGUGUGGCGCCUGUAUCCAUCCCCUUUGCUGGUGGUGCAGCCUGUCUGGUAGUCUGAAGAGUCCCAGUUGCAUCUGGAGAAGGAAUGGGCUUACCUGGAGGCCUUCUGUUGCCUGUCAGGGGUGGGAAACAGCAGGUCUGAGUGGCCUUCUGAUUGUGGGAACCCACAAGUCACCCUGUGCUCUGCUGUUUCUCUGGUUCUGGGUCCCAAGAGGCAAGAAAUUCCCAGAGUUCUCUGGUCCAUAGAGGAUGACCUUAGAUAAAGAAUUGUUGGCUGGGCGCCGAAGCUCACACCUGUAAUCCCAGCAUUUUGGGAAGCCAAGGCUGGUGGAUCACUUGAGGUCAGGCAUUCAAGACCAGCCUGGCCCACGUGGUGAAGCCCAUCUCUAC